AUGCUAUUUUUAAUUAAGAACCUGAUUGGAUGCACACUUCUCCUUCUCGUGGUGAAUACACAUCUGCAUGUGAUAUCGCACAAAUGGCAGAAGGGGCUAAAGGGGGGCAGAGUCCUCAGCGGAAUAAAGACCCACAGUUGUGUCCACCCGAACAGGCAUAAGUGGCCAUACAAUAGGAACAAAAAUUGCAAGCCAAAAAGUUACCUGUACAUUCAGAAUAAAAAAAGAAAGAAUCGGCAGGCGUACAAGCUUAACAGCGAAUCGGAGGGAUGCAUCGAGCUUAGCAACCUGGAGAGCAACCCUAAAGAGGCGCUCAAAAACGUGAUCGAGUACAAAAAGCAUUUAGAAAACUUCAAAAGUAAGGGUAUUGAUAAGAAGGACAACUUGAGAAAUUUCGUCCUCUACAUAUUAAGCGACUUUGAGCAGAAGUACCACAAGCACACACACCUAGCGGAUGUGCAAAAUAUGCGCAACGAGAAAGUGAAGGAAGAAUAUCUGCAGAGCAAUUAUAAUUGCUUCCUCGAUAUUGUUAAGACUAUUGAGGAAAAUCUGUAUAACAUUUUAUUGUAUAAAAUUCAGUCCAUUAAGUUGAAGGCACUGGAUGACAUUAAAGAAACGGUCCUCCUCUCGCAUAGGGAAAGUAAUGCGGAUUAUAUUUCCUACGUUAAUCAUGUUAAUAAAACAUUCGAAGAGUAUGAAAAGAAGCUACAAAAUUUAUUCCCCUCAAGUUUUAAAUUUUCCUUGUAUGAUAAAAUGAGCAGAAAUAGCGGCCUUGUGGAGGAGGAGCAACAGGAGCAGGGGCAACAACUCUCCAGCCUCUCCAAUUUUGUGUACCAUUUUCCGAUGGAAAAAUAUGAACAGUUAAUAAAAAAAAAUAUAAAUUAUACAAUCAACAAAAGCAAAUUGAAAUUUUACAAGAACAACUUGAGCAAAACGUGGAAGGCUUUUCUGGAAAUUGCCUAUAGGAUCCCCGACACGAACUUAAACAUUUCAACUCAGUACGUUAAGGGGAAAUUUAAUGUCAAGCUAAAUUGUAUUCCAGAUGACUCUUUGCAUUUGUUGGGGUCAUAUGGAUUUGUGAAAGCCCUUCCGUUUGGUAACUUGGGGCUGUCCUUCUCGAUGAACUUUUGA